UAAACUUAAGUAUGGGCAACACACAGUGGAGGAAUAUUGAUUGUGAUACAUUUGUGAAAGUACGAAUAUCAUUUAUCUUUUGUUUAGAAUUUGUUUCGAAAAGUCGCAUCAUCAUAUAUUUAUAGAUUUAGUUAAGUAAUUUGUUUACAGUGCGGUUUGAAAUGUGUUUUAGAUGUCAAACGAGAUUCAAAUGUAUUUACUAAUUAAAUGAACAUGGACCUUAACAUUAAUACAGAUAUUAAGGAAGUUUUCGGAACAUAAUCUUACAAUAUCAUUGAUGCAGUAUCUAUCAUCGCGAUUUUAGUGUUGCUGUUUUCAGAAAUGUUCCAAACAUGAUUCCGGGCAUCAAAUUACUUGAUAAAUAUUCAUAGUGUAUUGAUGGAUAAAAAACCUCUGUUGCUUCGAAUUCAAGGCAGGACAACUGAUUUAUUUGGCCAAGUGAAUGUUAUUGACACAAUGGGAUUUACUCAGACAAACUCGGCCCUAACAGACGAAGACCUCAAAAGUGUUUUGGAAGGAGAAAUAGAAAUUAACCACGAAUUUAAUUCGAGUAACCGCACGGGGAAUCAAAACAGACAGGAAAAUAAGCCACAUUGUGUUAUCAUUGUUGUUAGUGCUGAGAUAAUUCAAUGUAUGCAGCUUCACGAUGACAGUGCUCUGACGAGAAAAAUGAGGAACUUGCAUAGCUUCAUCCCAAGCGAUGUGUCGAGAAUUGUGGUGAUAACUAAAUGCGACAGAAUAUGCGAGUCCGUUUACCAUAACGUCACUGAAAUUUACAAAAGUAAAACAAUUUAUUCCAUAGUUCCAAAAGGCGACUAAGAUUUUUGGAGCACCAGAAUACAUGGUUUUCCCUGUUGUCAACUAUUAUAAAGAACUUAGUCCAAAUCCAGAGAAAAACGUUCCAAUUUUGUAUGCGUUGUUGUGUGCACUUAAUUUUGCAGCUGAUCGGCAAGAAUUGACAACGCCGAGAAAAAAGCAGGUUAAAUUGAAUAUGUAGGCGUAAGAUAUAAAACAUGUCAUGCGUAUGUAUAGACAACUACUUCUCUGGACUUUCCAGUAAGAACACGGUGUCAUCAUACUAUCGUUACGGACAAUGUGUGCGGAUACGUAACUGGCUCACAGUUAUCUGCCCCCGUUGACCAAGAUCCGGAUGUUUAUAUGAAAAAGAGUGCUUGUGUUCUUUUUACAUGGAGCUUAACAUAAUUUGUCACUGUUUUGCAAAACAUGAUAGUUUUAAGUGUAAAAAUUGGAAAAAUCAUUGCCUGUGAAAUUAUGAAAAUUGGUUGUUUAUAGGCUUAUUCCGUCUUGACCUCAGGGUCAUGCAUUUAUACUCAAUUUUGUGGGGCACCGUAUUGGUCAACCUUAUGUUUUCUUGUGAUUAAAUGAUGUGUCUUGGAUUGUUCUACAGCAGCCAGUUACUUGUGUUUUUUAUUGGGACUGUUUUAAAGUGAAACGCCAGGUUAGAUAGAUAUUGAAUGCAAUGUCUCUUAAAGUCAAAGAAUGACGACAGAACGAAGACGAAUACUAGUCACAAGAAGGGAAAUAUCAUAUAUAGAUAUAUUAGAUGACAAAAAUAAACCGAUCACACGCUACGUUAUUCAUUUUAAAAAGGACCAUUAAUGAUGGACACAAGAUUUCGUCGGAUUGCUGAAAGAAUGCUAAGAACUUAUCAUAAGGGACGAUACGUCGUGGGAAAGGGCCAGGCUGGUGGCGCGUCUAAAUAGUCCGUCAUUGAACUCGUGUCACCUGUUGCUCAAGCGGUAGAAGUGGCAACUAAAAGGUUGCUUGGAUAAAACGAAACGAAAGUGAACCUCCUAGAAAAUAGGCUUGAUUGAUUGGACCACUGAGACAUCUUGACUAACUUAACGGAUAGAAACCUUUACUUAAUCAAACCUUUUUCAGAACGAUGAAUCGUCUUGUGUAUACUGCUUAAAAUAUAUACUGUUUUGCUACUACAAUGCUCGAUAAUAGCAUUAAUAUGUAGAAAUAAUAUUAUGUAACUGUUUGCUAACCCGGACUUAAAUUUAACAGGUUCACCAGACGACGAAAAUUCAUGAGUCUAUUAAUCCAUUCGGAAUUCCUCGGACAUUUUCAAGAAAAACAAACUCGGGGUAUGCCGGUACAUCGGUAGAAGAAGUUCGUAAAAUUUUGAAUUAUAUCAUUACUUUAAUGUGGUGUUUAAGCUCGAACUUGUAAAAUCUAAGUUAAAAUUUAUUGCCAGUAAUGUUUAUUACUGCAAACAUAAUUAAGAUUACCAAGAAAUAAGUCAUUAAGUGUAUCUGCUUAAUUGAAAUUACCAUGCGAUCUACUUGCAGCGCAAUUAAAGUGUACCGAUUUCUGACAUUUCAAACCGUCAUCCAAUGUAGUUUACGACAAUAAUGGACGAGGAGAUCCGAAUGUCCAUAACUUAUCAAACAUUUUUGCUCGCAAGUGAUUAAACGUUCGAUGUGGGUUUCACAGUUAUAGACAAUGAUCGUCAAACCAUUUCGCUUGAUACCAAACACGACUAUUUUCGGUCGAAACAUAAGGAAGAAACAUAACUUAUACAAACAACUUAUUUAUUUUAAGCCCAUUUCUAGGAAACGGUAAAAGAUAAAAACACCUGUUUUCUGGAUUAGCUGAAUGUGACGUAUCGAAUAGUAUCAUAAACUCAAUGUUUCACGUAUGGUUGAUUUUCACUUUAAGUUGAACCAAUUGUCGCGACUAUUUUCGAUACAUUAAUAACCGAAUACUCGUCCGCCACUCGUGAAAAUAUGUUUUCCGAUGACAUUCGUGAAAUGAAAUACGAUACUACACCGAAAUUAAUAAAAUUUCUUUAUAUCGUACAAUAAUGCUCCAAAACCCUUUAUAUAAAAGUACUGGAUGCAAAACGCUGAUACAUUUUUCCUGUACACACUUACAUAUGCAAACGUGAAUAUUCCCUUAGGUUUCAUACUGCAAAAGCGAUAAUGGACAGAUUUAAUAUAUACACCAAAUAUAAGAAAAUGUUACAUGGAAGUAUUGUAAAAUAGUUGUCGAAUGUGUACUUGUGUUGUUUAACCAUCUGUAAGCAUAUUUUCCGACUAUUCUAUUAUUCGACUUUUUUCUAAUUCAGCUACAGGUUUGUUGGUUUUUUCCCAGGGGUAAACAUCUAAAGGCAUCUUAAAAAAUGACUAAAAAUGUUUACAAAUUUAUCAUUAUUGGAUUUCUGCUAAUAAUACCGUGAAAUGAAUUGGAUAUUUUGUUCUUGAAAUUUGCAAGAUAAUGUGUAAUGAUAACUGUCACCAAUGUCUGACAGACAUAGCAGACCCCGUCUGUGUACAUAUUCUCUUCAUUGACAUGCUAAUUUUUCAUUUGGAAAUCUUUAGUUACAUGCUCUUAGUUUAUAUGAAUUUAAUGCUAGAUGAAAUUAUUGCGAAAUGUAUUUCUGGUUCAAUGUUUUCUUUAAAACUGUUGUCAACUCUUCCUUUUUGAGACGACGCAUUUUUCCUGCUAAAAUUGUAAGUUUUGGUUUUUCAUGUUUUCAAAAUACUGUUACCUCCAAACUAUGGCAACAGUUUUUAUUGUUGUUUCUUUUGUUGUUGUUUUUUAUUUUUGUUUUUUCAAUUACCUUUAUAUUGCAUAUAAAAAUCAAAUGCGUAACUAUUACCGCUGCCCAUUCUGACUUACUCCAGUACACAAUAAAAUAAGUGGUAAAAACUCGUAUAUUUCACGCACGGACUGAUCUCUUGGUUUUUAAUUUUCAACAGUUAAAUGACCAUGCAUUACCGAGUGCAAAUCACACGUACAGAACAUUAAAACAAAAUAUUUUUUCUUUAAAAAAAAUGAAAAAAUAGUUUUUUUUGUUUUUUUUUUAUUCCCGAUGCUCAUUGUUAUUAAAUGUAUUGUGAAUAUUUAUGUAUUCUGUCUAAAAAUCUUUAAUCAGAGAAAAACAUUUAGUAACUUGUAUUUUGUUUCGGCAAGCUUCAAUAAUUUUGCUAACUAUGUUUAAUAUAGUUCUAUGAAAGAAGGUCUCUGAAUAGAAGCAAAAAAGAAUCUUGUGUAUCAUUUCGGUAAGAUUAAUAUUGAUUAUUACUGAACUAUAGAUAAGAACAUACAAAUCCAAACUGUUCUUGAUAAAUGUACAUAAUAUAACUCAUUGAUUAAAUAUCGUGUACCAUGCCCUUAUCCAAUUUGCAUGUAUAUUGUUGACUGAUUUAUUGUUUAAACAUUAUUUGUUAUUCAUCUUCUUUUAACGGAGGA